AUGAUGGAUAAGUUACCCUUUGAAGUAAUUCUGCAGAUAUUGGAUUAUGUGCCUUUAUCUUCAUUUCAGUCACUUUAUGCUGUAUUUCCUCAAGUGAGAGUAGAUGAAGCAUUGGUCUAUAAACUAAGAAACAACAAAACAAAGCCUUUGCUCAACUUGGUAUCCACCAAUCUUCAUGAACUCGCUGCCAAUACGACCAACAAAAGAAACGAGUCCUUUUUAUCAUUUUAUUUUGCUUCUUAUGAUCCUAUUCAUCGGUUUAUCUGGACUUUACCUGAUUUUUCUAGUUCAAACCAUUAUUUUAGAGUCAAGGAUGCUUAUGUGUCUCAUGGUAAGCUUGUUAUUCGACCUUAUGACAACAACAAUCAGACCCUAUUGGCUUCAUUAUGGGAUAUUAGAAAAAGCUUUCCCCCGACAAGAGCAGGUUCUUUUUCGGGUGCAAGUGAAUAUGUUCAUGUCCAAUCUAGAGAAUUCACCUUACAUCAAUCUGGUUGUAUCUUGGAUUCAUGUCUCAUACCUUAUCAUAUGGAGAAACAACAGAUAGAAUACAAAAGACAGGAAAAUACAGUGCUCAAAAGGCCUCAUUUACCACCCAAUUACAUUAGACAGAUACCAUUUACCAAUCCAUCUUUCAUGCCUACUUAUCCAGAUCCUAUCUGUGGCUUCUUUUUUGUGGAACGAUUGGCUAUCAGUAUCCCCACUUUUCUUGAUCUCUUUUGUUGUAAAUAA